UCUAUUGCUAGCUUGGCGCUUAAAGAGAGCCUUCAACCACACACCUCCUCAUCCCAGUCUCAUUCUCAGCCUCGUUAUCCAUCCAUCCAUACAUCCAUCUGCACUGUAGGAGGAUACUCAUCGACUAACUAAUCUUGCUCUCUAGACUCUAGCCUCAUCGGUCGACCGACCAUGGCGCGCCUUCUCCUCGUCCUCGUCCUCGUCCUCGCGGUGGCAGCUGCCGUCGCCCAAUCGAUGGUCUCUGCUGCUUCCUCAUCGUCGUACCGGACCUACCGGUGCGGCUGGUGCCCGCGCCGCUCUACCGCCUCCCUCCUCCCUCCGGACGCCGGCGCCCUUACUGGUGCCCCGUGCUGGUUCGGUGGCCAGGCGGCAGCGGAGCUCGCCGCCGACGGAGGGUUCCACAUUGCGGCCGUCGGCGCUGGAUUCUUCCGCGGCGGCCGGGCCUGCGGCGCCUGCUACCAACUGAGAUGCAGGGGCAAGAACGCGUGCUCAGAGAGCGGCGUCAAGGUCAUCAUCACCGACUUGGCGAAUCCGGCGACGGACACGAACAGGACAGGCGGCGGCCAGUUCCAACUCACUAGGGACGCCUUCGCCGCCUUGACUGCUUCUCGUGACGACGGUCAGCUCGCGAGCUUGGUGGACGCGGCCGUCGACGUCGACUUCAGGAGGAUACCUUGCGCGUACAAGAGCAAGAACCUGGCGGUGAGGGUGGAUGAGACGAGCAGCAGGAACAGGGGGCAGCUCGCCAUUCGGUUCCUCUACCAGGGCGGCCAGACCGACAUCGUCGCCGUCGAGGUGGCGAAGGCGGCGGCACCUUAUGCCGCUCAAAGCGCCGCCGCGCCGUCGCAGACGAAAUGGCAGUACAUGACGCGGCGCGAGGGGUCGCCCGGGGUGUGGCGCACGUCGCGCGCGCCGGCCGGCCCGCUGCGGCUCCGGCUCGUAGUCACCGCGGGCUCCGGCGGCAAGUGGCUGCGCGCUGACGGGGCGAUUUUCCCAGCGGAGUGGCAUGCUGGCGCGGUCUAUGACACCGGGCUGCGCGUCACCGAGGUCGCUGCAAACACCUGCGGCGCCGGAGACGACAACGACGAUGGCGAGUAGGAGUUCAGAAUCUCAGAAGACACGCACGCUCCCAUCCAUCCUGCACCGUAGUGACUCGAGCUCGAGCCCGUCGGAGAAGCUCCUCCUCGCCCACCGUCGCUCUGACCGAUCCAUCGUCAUGUCUCCGCUGGUCGUCGACCCAUCCAGGGCCUCGGCGUGGGGUCUUUGAUUCGAGCAUCUGCACCGGCUGGCCGCCGGGAAGGUCGCUGAUGGCAUGCCCAUGCGUUGAUGCUGCUGCUGCAUGUACACUACACGGAUGUGUACGUGGUCUGCUGCAUGUACAUCGCGUUCACUCGACCGCACAACUCCGGCACACGCGGAAAAGUGAAGAAAAACGGAGAAAGAGGCAUAACAGCGAAAAGGACCCCAAAAGAAAUGGAAGUUUACAGCGACGCCCUUGGGAUAUGCCAACCUGGACCUCUUCAUCGCCUACACUUUUUCAUCGUCGUCGUCGCCGAAGCUCCCGCCGGAAGAAAUGGUGCGUGCUCCAUGAUUGUGUUUCCACCAUGACGGCGGCCAUUGACGUCCACAAUAGCAAGUAGCCGGUGCAUAUUUAUGGGAUAUAUACACACACACCCUUGAGAUCA